GAUAAGCCGAGCAAACAUCUCUGGAGUCUGGAAUCUGGAUCCAUCAACAUCUAUCAUCCACAAACGGUCGAACCCUCCGCCAAGUCGCCGAUUCUCUUCGCGGUUUCAUCCUCCGUCAGACGCCAGCACAACAGCAGCGCCACUCAGCCAGCACGCCUCUUCAGUCGUCGCCUACUCACAUCACGCCCGUCGCCUGCUCUUCGCCACUCAACCUUCAGCGGCUCGGCCAAUCGGUGCUUCUCAAUUUUCACUCCCUACCAUCCGUAGUGCCAUCUUUCUGUGGAUGCUACAAUUUUUCUGAAGAAGCUCAUGCUUGAGUGGAACAUUUUUUUUUUUGUGCAGGUGUUUGAAGGCAGACAUGACACUUGACUAAAGAUCCAUGUGAUGGUAGAUGUUGGUUGCUGGGUUAGGGUUUUGUAGGAACAACUAGAGAGAGGUACAUCACCCAGAGAGAGGAAUAAGGCAAAAGAAGAAAGAAAAAACAGGGGGUGAAGAUGCCACUAUUUCUAUCAGAUGAGGAAUUUGAGGGUUGCUCUCACGACCCAAGGUUGGUUGCGGAGAAGGCUGACAGAUUCAUCAGGGAGCUCUACAAUCAAUUAGAGACGGUGAAGGCUAAGUCUGAUGCCGACUCCAUUACCGCUGAGCAGAACUGUUCCCUAAUCCAGCAGAAAUACGUUUCCGUGUGUUCUGAGUUCUCCGCUCUCCAAUCUCAGCAAUCCCAGCUUAACAUAUCUCUAGAGCAACGUCUCUCCGAACUUGCUGAACUCCAAGCUGAGAAGCGACAGCUUCACCUCCUUACUAUUGCCAAGGAUGGGGAUAUUGAACGCCUGUCUACAGAGGCCUCCGAGCUUCAUAAAUCCAAAAGACAAUUGAUGGAUUUGUUGGAGAACAAGGAUUUAGAGAUAAGCGAGAAAAAUGAUACAAUCAAAAGCUACCUAGACAAGACACUCAUGUUGUCUGAACAAGCUGCAUCUAGGGAAGCACGGUUGCGUAACUUAGAGUCAGACCUGGCUCUCUCUCAAGCUUCAUGUUCACGACUAAUGCAGGAGAAAGAGUUGAUUGAGAGGCAUCAUGCAUGGAUAAAUGAUGAAUUGGAAAUCAAAAUCCAUGAUCUUAUAAACCUGCGAAAAAGUCAUUCUGAACACGAGACAGACAUGGUUGUCAAACUUUCUGACCUAGAGAGGAAAUUCAGUGAAAGUUCUAGCUCGUUGACGUGGUUCAAGGACAGAGCAAGGGAGCUGGAGUUGAAGAUGGCAUCCUUGGAGCAGGAGUUGUUAUCAUCAAAAGAUGCGGCCUCCAGGACAGAGGAACAAUUAUCAUCUGAGAUUUCAACUUUAAAUAAGCUCGUGGAACUAUACAAACAGAGUUCAGAGGAAUGGUCCAAAAAGGCAGGAGAACUUGAAGGCGUGAUCAAGGCAUUGGAGGCUCAUUCAAACCAAAUGGAAACAGACUAUAAAGAGAGAUUUGAGAAGGAGGUUUCAACAAGGAAAGAAUUAGAAGAGGUUGUUGCAUCUUUGAAGGGAAGUCUCGCAUCUUGUCAAACAGAGUUGGAAAGAAGCAAGGGAGAGGGUAACACAAUUUCUCUGAGUAGUUUCAAUACAGAGUUGUGCCUGCAUUCAGUUUCAUCGUCUGGGAUGAUUGAAGAUGAUCGCUGGCUCGCACCUACUCUUCCAGCUGGCAUUUCAGGAACAGCAUUGGCUGCAUCACUUAUUCGAGAUGGUUGGAGUCUGGCCAAGAUGUACACAAAAUAUCAAGAAGCUGUUGAUGCAUUACAUCAUGAGCAACUGGGGAGAAAACAAUCUCAAGCUGUCUUGGAGCGGGUGCUUCAUGACAUUGAGGAGAGUGCUGGACCCAUAUUGGAUGAGCGAGCGGAGCAUGAGCGGUUGGUGGAGGCAUACACUGUGCUAGAUGAAAAGCUGCAGAGUUCUCUUUCUGAAAAAGCUACUUUAGAGAAUAAUGUUGAACAAUUAAAGGUUGAUCUGAGAAGAUGUGAACGUGACUAUGCAGUAGCUCAAAGAGAGACUGUGGAUCUCCAAAAGCAGGUGACUGCGCUUUUAAAGGAAUGCCGUGACAUACAACUCCGUUGUGGAUCACCAGAUAAAAAAAAUAGCUAUGAAAAUAUGGUUAUUGCUGAAAGUGAUGCUGAUGAGGUUGAAAAACUGUUGAGCUUCAAGGAUAUAAAUGGCCUAGUUGAACAGAAUGCCCAGUUACGUAGUCUUGUGCGCAAUCUUACAGAUCAGAUUGAAACCAAAGAAUUAGAGUGGAAGGGUAAGUUUGAAAAAGAGCUUCAGAGUCAAAUUAAUGAUGCUACUUCCAAAGUGAAUGCUGUUUUAGCAAGAGCUAAUGAGCAAGGGCGUAUGAUGGAGUCCCUUCAUACAUCUGUCAAUAUGUACAAAAGGUUAUAUGAAGAGGAACAUAGUCUUCGCGCUUCUGAUAGGAAAUCUCUUUUAGACUCAACAGACGAUCAACACACAGAACCUGUGAGUUUAAGUGAAUGUUCUCAGGGAGUCUCGCUGAAGGCACAUGAGAAGAAACUUGAGCAUCUUAAGUGCGUUGAAGAUGAACUUGUUAAAUUACGGAGUGAGGUUAUAUCAUUACGGUCAGAGCGUGACAAAUCCGCUUUGGAAGCACAUUUUGCACAGGAUAAGCUUGGCAGAUCUUUGAAAGAAUUGGAACAUGUUAGAGAGGAACAUGAAGCUGUUGUUGCAAGAAAUGUAGAGUUCUCACAUAUGAUUGUUGAUUACCAGAAAAACCUACGUGACAGCUCUGAGUCACGUAUUGCUGCUGAGGAUCUUUCAAGGAAAUUAAAAAUGGAGGUUUCUAUUCUGAAGCAUGAGAAGGAAGUUUUGCUUAGUUCAGAAAAGAGAGCAUCUGAUGAAGUCCGCAUAUUAUCAGAGAGGGUUCAGCGUUUACAGGCCAGUUUAGAUACAAUCCAAAGCACUUGUGAAGUUCGUGAGGAGGCUAGGGCGGCUGAGAGGAAAAAACAAGAGGAAUAUAUUAAACACAUUGAAAAAGAAUGGGCUGAAGCAAAGAAAGAGUUGCAAGAUGAGCGUAACAAUGUCCGCAAUGUUACAAUCGAGCGGGAAAAUGAUUUAAGAAGUGCCCUAAGGCAAGUUGAAGAAAUGGGAAAAGAUUUGGCAAAUGCUUUGCAUUCCCAAGUUACUGUUGAGUCUAGGGCUGCUGUUGCAGAAGCACGUGCUGUUUAUUUGGAAGAAAAGUUGAGUUCUAUUAAGGUCUCUGACAAAGAUGAUGGGAGUGGUUCUCCCUUCUCUUCCAGUGAGUGUUUUCCGGACUUGCGUACUGCCCAAGAGGAAAUUAAAAACUUGAGAGAAGAAGUACAGGUUUGCAAUAAUCAUAUGCUGCAGUACAAAAACAUUGCUCAGGCAAAUGAAGAGGCGCUAAAGCAGAUGGAACUAAUUCAUGAUAACUUCAAAGUUGAGGCUGGUAAUGUGAAAAAAUCUCUAGAGGAGGAAAUAUUGAUACUCAGAAAGCGGAUUAAGGAGCUUGAAUGUGAACUUGAUUUGAUGGCUAAGGAGGUCGCUUCUGCAAAUGCUGGAAAAGAUGAGAAACUUGCAGCGGCUUUUUCUGAGAUGGCUCAUCUUAAAGAUGAUUGUGCUAUUAAGACAUCCCAAAUCGGAAGCCUGGAGAUGCAAGUAUCUUCCAUGAAAGAUGAUUUGGAGAAAGAGCACCAACGGUGGCAGGCAGCUCAGGCUAAUUAUGAACGACAGGUAAUUCUGCAGUCUGAAACAAUUCAAGAGUUAACUAGAACGUCUCAAGCGUUGGCUUCAUUGCAAGAAGAAUCGUCAGUGCUACGCAAGAUGACACAUGCACUCAAACAUGAAAAUGAUCAAUUGAAGGCAAAGUGGGAGGCAGAGAAGUUGGUGCUAGAAGAGUCAAGAAGUGAAGCUGAUAAGAAAUACAGUGAGGUGAAUGAGCAGAACAAAAUAUUGUUAAGUCGGCUUGAGGCUAUGCAUAUCAAAUAUGCUGAGAAGGAUCGUGUUUCAACUGGAAUAAGUUUUGGAACUCCUGCUACAGAAAGUGAUGAUGGCAUGCAGAAUGUUGUAAACUAUUUGAGGAGAUCAAAGGAAAUUGCAGAGACAGAAAUAUCUUUGCUGAGACAGGAAAGAAUCCGCCUGCAAUCUCAGCUUGAAAGUGCAGUUAGGGCUGCAAAAACAGCAGAAGCAUCAUUGCGUGCUGAAAGGGAAAAUGCUAAAGCUCUAGUAUAUAGAGAAGAGGAAUUUACAACCCUACAGCAACAGGUGAGAGAAUUGAACUUGCUUCGAGAAAGUAAUGUGCAGCUUAGGGAGGAGAACAAGCAUAAUUAUGAGGAGUGCAAGAAACUCCGCGAAGCUGUCCAGAAAGCUAGGUCUGAGGCAGAUGAUCUCAUUAGGCUUCUCAAGGAGAGAGAACAGGAUGUGGAAGCUUGUAGGAAAGCAGCUGACAUUGAAAAAACAGAGAAAUGUCACCUUGAGAGAAGAAUUGAUGAGUUGGUGGAGAGGUACAAGAGUUUCGAUGUGGAAGAUUACAACCAUGUUAAAGAAGCUGUACAUCACAUGCAGGUAAUUGUGCUGGAAAAGGAUGAUCAAUUGGCGGAAGUUAGGAAACAUGUCUGUGAGAAGCAAGUCGUAAUAGCUGCAUUAGAGCAAGACAUUGCAAGGAACAAAGUGGAAUUAAGUCAGGGGGAGUCUAGAAUAAAUGAACUUUUGCAAUCUGAGGCUUCUUUAAGAUCCGAGUUUGAUAAACUCAAGAGGUCAACACAUAUACAAAAGAAGAAAUUGGAGAACCUAGUUAAGGAAAAAGAUGAACUGAACAAGGAGAAGCAUCUUCUCUCCAAGAGUUUAGAGGAAGCUCAGCAAGCGAGAAAAAAUGACGGUGAUGCUGUGACUGAACAGGCUUUAAAAGAGAAAGAUAAGGAGAAAGACACCAGAAUACAAAUGUUGGAGAAAACAUUAGAAAGACACAGAGAAGAGUUGAAAAGAGAAAAAGAAGAAAAUAAGACUGAGAAGGUUAGGCGUUUGAAGACUCAAAAGUUAUGUGCGGAUUCAUAUGAGAAAGUUAAACAACAACAGUCCAAUCUACUAGAUGAACUGGAGAAGCAUAAGCAGGCUCUUAAAAUGUUGACAGAUGAGGGUGAUAAACUAAGGCAGGACAAAGGUAGUCAAUCUGAAGGCGGUGUUUCAGUGGAGCAGCUUCUUGCUGGAACCCGCUUAGUGAACUUCACUGCUGCUUAUCUCCAGGCUGUAAAUAAUUUUGGACGACUUGUUCAACCUAUUUUCAUAGACGGUGGUGCUCCCACUGUUGCCGACAUUUCUUCAGCCUCCCCAGACUCAUUACCUAGUGGUCCUGUGGUGGUGGAUUCUACUGUGCCAACUAUCAGUAGUGGUGUCCCAACCCUCUCUAUUUUGACAAAAACAGAAGAUGAAAGAGGGAAGAGGUUGAUGCUGUCCAAGUUGAGCAACCCUGAUGCUCGUAAAACAGGCAGGAAGCUAGUCCGUCCCCGUAUCAUCAAGCCUGAAGAACCUCCCCAUAAUGAUGAUUUAGAGAUGGCAGAAGAGGCAGAUGCAAGUGGAAAGCAGUUUGCUUUGCAAACUGUGGAAACUCGAGAUGUUCCUUCCAUGGUGGUGCCUUCUCAGCUUUCUGCUCGUAAGCGCCCAUCAGCUCCAUCUACUAUGGAGUUGCAACAAGAAGAGACUCCAGCAGCUUCUGAAGAAGCAAGGGCUGAUCCUGUGCAGCCAUUGCUGAAAAAACCAAAGGGUCAAGAAAUAAUAUCUCAGGACGGAUCUGCAUUGAAUUCGGUUCCCGAGUCUAAUGAAGGAUGUGAUGUUGUUGAAGAUGUGGCACAAGGUUUCAAAGAGGAGGAUGAGGAGAAGGAUGAGGCAGUAUCUUCAGGGGGAGAACAACAGCUGGCUGAACAGGGAGUUUCGUUUGAUCAGACUAACCUGCAGAGUGACAGGUGCGAUGAUAUAGGAGAUGAUGACAUUUUUGAUAGUAGUGGGCCUGGGGAAGCAGAUGUACAGAAUGAUGAACAACAUGUUCAAGGACAACAAGAACCCGUCAUUCACUCAACGGCAACAGAAUCUGGAAAUGAAAUGGAAGAGGGAGAGCUGCUCUUUGCAGGAACAGAUGUAGCUGACAUUGAAGGAGGCUGUAACUUGUCAAUGGGGAGUCCAGAGGUUGAAGGCCAGUCUGGACAACAAGCAGUUACACCUGAUAAUUUAACUGCUGUAGAUGAAGCAUCUCCCUUUGCUGAAACUGGUGAGGUAGAUGACGAGAAGAGUGACGGAGGAGAAGAGUCGGGUGAGGUUCUGGACAAGAUGAAUUAUGGUGGUGGUAGUGAACAGGUCAUUGCAGAAUCAUCUGCUGAUCAUCUUCCUGAAAGUAGUGUUGAAAAACCAUUUAACAUUCCUGCAAUUGUUGUGGCACCGGCGCCAUUGAAGGAUGAGAAUCUGGGUAGUGGCAAUGCGGCAGCAUCAGUAGUUACAGAAGUGAAACCAACGAGAACAAUUAAUUUGGCAGAGAGGGCAAGGGAAAGGCAAAGAGAAAGGCAAGGAGCAGGAAGAGGACAAGAGCCAGCAAAUCUUACGCGGUCUUCUCCUUCGACUAGGGGCCGUGGUAGAGUACUUCGUCCUCGCAGUGGACAUAAUGGUGGACGUGGACAUACGUCUGGUUAAACACAUCACAAAUCAUGGUGCUUGAAGUGGUGUGGAGUGAGGAGAGGUUCGAAGUCCUUGGUGCUGAAAGAAGACUUGAAAGUUAAAAAGCAGUAUCGACAGAUUUUAGAAAACAAGCAACUAGAGCUUUAAAUGCUGUUUAAUGAUCAGGCCAUUAAUGAAAUGUGGUAUACAUGUGAGGUAGAGAAUGUGGUGAGGAUCAAUCUGAAGAAAGAAAAGGUUUGUUGAUUAUUGUUCUUUGUUGAUAAUAUAAGUAAGGGGAGACUAUCAAAUAGGCCCUUGUACUAUAUUCAAAAAGUCAAUUAGGUUGUCAUACUAUCAAAUUGUUCAAUCGAGCCCUUGAACUAUUAAAAAAACAACCAAUUCAGCUUUUUAGCCGGUUGGGCACAGACUGUGCUGGUAGGUGCUGACUUGGCUAGCCAGGUGGCAUUAAUCAUGGCUAGCUGGUAAAUGUUUUGGCCUUCGCUCCCCCUUUUCUUCUUCCAGAUGCUCUGAUCCUUUUUUCUCCUGUGACAUCUUUGAUUCUGUUAAGUCUUUAGCAAGGAACAUUCACUAUUAAUGAUAUUUACAAAAACACAACAGUGAUGUUUUGCAUAAUAUUUAGAGAUAAGAGAAGAAAUGAUAUCCCUAAUUAUAACUCCUCUGCAAAAAAAGACCAAAGAGCUCUCCAUCAACAAUGCAGUUCUCCAUACUCAGUUCUUCAAAAAAGCGCCAUCUCCAGCUCUUGCUCUGGAGGCCUCUACUGGCUGCCCUGAAGUUUCCGACGCACCAAAGUUUGUCUCUGGUAGAUGGGCCAGCUCCCUCUCCCGGUCUCCCCUGGUCAUCCGACCUCAUCUCCCGACCGCGCUCUGGCGGAGAGCCGAAUUGAUUAUUCCAAGAACAUCAUCAUCAACCAGAAUGAUGUCAGCCACUUUGAAAUUGGUGCUGCGGCCGGCUUUCUUCUCGCGAUGACGAAAUCUUCCUCCGUUUUUGGCAUUGGUUGUUGAGAGACCUCUCUUGUAGUAGAUCUUCGAGCUUAAAGAGGUGCCAUUGCCUCUGAAUAGCUCAAGGCUCCAAGACGUUUUCUUAGCCGCCAUUGUAGAGUAGCUCUGACAGUCUGACUCCUCCGAGUAGUUUCAGUGCUUUAGGGGAAGGCCGUGACGGUGAUGAACAAUUUUUCAACAUGCGCACAAUAUUUUUUUUAAGGUUAGGGAGGAGAUUCAAAGAAAUGUGGAGUAUUAAAAAUGGGGAAAAAAUAAAAAAGAGUGAUAUGGAUAGUCACACGAGCAAAGAAACCGGAAACCGUUUGGUAACCUCUUAAGAAGUCAUUUUGAACGGUUUUUUUAAGUUGGGGGUGUGAUUGAAUGAUUAAAUUUUAGGAUAGCCUAAUUCACUUUUUUACUAUAGUACGAGAACAUAAAUAACCUUAUGUGAGCAUGCUUUUAACUAAAUUUACUCUACAGGCUGAUAAACUUGUUGGUGAGGUGCAAAUUAAAUGUGAGCUGCAGCUUGUGGAAUGCAGAGAAGAAUCUAGGCAUUACUUGUGGCAUCUACUAAUUAUGCUCAUGUAUGUAUGUUAAAACUGAAAUCUGAAAGACUGAUCGCAUACUGUACGACUUUUUGUAUACGAAACGUUCUUUUUACAAGACGUUCGAAUUUGGAUGCUUAACUCUACUCAAAGUUUAUUGAUGAUAGUUUCCAUGUUUGAAUUAAUAAUUCUCAGCCUAGUUUUGUAGUUAAAGACUUUAAGUAUGUUUUUACUUGGAAUGAAAUUUUCUGGUUUAGCCUAAUGUGGUCUCAAGUCUGGUCUAGUCUAGUCAAGUUUGAGACUGAAAACAGUCCAAGUAAAAACAGCCUAAUAGUAGCCAAAGCUUGUUAAUGGUAGUUUUGAUUUUCUUAAUACUAUUAAAGUUAGCCAUAGUGAUUGAG